GAGACGCGGCGGCGGCGGCAGCAAGAUGGCGGCCAAGUCGGAUGGCGGCGGCGGCGGCAGCAGCGUGGGCUUCGCCCAGCUGCACAACCUGGACGAGGCGGCGGCGGCGGCGGGCGGCGGCGGCGGCGUCGGGGCAGCGGCGGCGGAGUGCGCGGAGGAGCCGGGCGGCAGCAGCUCCUUGCACAUCUGCCACUGCUGCAACACGUCGUCGUGCUACUGGGGCUGCCGGAGCGCCUGUCUGCGGAGCCUGCUGGGGCGGGCGCCCGCCGCCGCCGCCGCCGCCGCCGCCGAGCCGCUGGCCCCGCGCCCCGCCGCCGCCGCCGAGGGGCCGCCGGAGGGCGCCGGGGCCGCCGAGCGGCCGUGGCUGGACUGCUUGUGGAUCGUGCUGGCGCUGCUGGUGCUGCUGGGCGACGUGGGCACGGACCUGUGGCUGGCGCUGCACCACUACGGCCGGCGGGACUACUUGUGGUGCGGGCUGACGCUGGCCUUCGUGCUGCUGCCCUCGGUGCUGGUGCAGAUCCUCAGCUUCCGCUGGUUCGUGCAGGACUACACGGGCGGCGGGCUGGGCGCCGUGCAGGGCCUCAGCAGCCGCGGGCCGCCCAUGAUGGGGGCCGCCGGCCGACGGGGGGGACCCGGCGGCGGAGGAGGAGCCGUCGGCACCGCCACCCCCGGGGCGCAGCGCCUCUGCAGGAUCUCCGUCUGGGUCUGGCAGUCCGUCAUCCACCUGCUGCAGAUGGGACAGGUCUGGAGGUAUAUACGAACCAUGUACCUGGGGAUCCAGAGUCAGAGGCGGAAGGAACACCAGCGGCGUUUCUACUGGGCUAUGAUGUAUGAAUAUGCAGACGUAAAUAUGUUGCGCCUCCUGGAAACUUUCCUGGAGAGCGCCCCUCAACUGGUGCUACAGCUCUGCAUAAUGAUCCAAAAGAACCGUGCAGAAACAUUACCAUGUGUGUCCUCUGUGGCCUCCCUGAUGUCCCUGGCUUGGGUGCUAGCCUCCUAUCACAAGCUUCUUCGGGACUCUAGGGACGACAAGAAGAGUAUGAGCUACAGAGGGGCCCUCAUCCAUCUCUUCUGGCGCCUCUUCACCAUCUCAUCCCGAGUUAUUUCUUUUGCUCUCUUUGCUUCCAUCUUCCAGCUCUACUUUGGGAUCUUUGUAGUGGUCCAUUGGUGUGCCAUGGCUUUCUGGAUCAUCCAUGGUGGGACAGAUUUCUGCAUGUCUAAGUGGGAGGAGAUCCUCUUCAACAUGGUGGUAGGGAUUGUGUACAUUUUCUGCUGGUUUAAUGUCAAGGAAGGGCGGACUCGAUACAGAAUGUUUGCGUAUUACACUAUAGUCCUGACAGAGAACGCUGCCUUGACGCUCCUUUGGUAUUUUUACAGAGAUCCUGACACUACUGACUCAUAUGCCGUGCCAGCACUGUGUUGUGUCUUUCUUAGCUUUGCUGCUGGGAUAGCUUUGAUGCUGUUAUAUUAUGGUGUGCUGCAUCCCAUGGGGCCAAGAGCUAAGAUCCUUGUCAGCUCCUGUUGCGCCGAGCUGCUCUGGGGCAUUCCUUUGCCCCCCGAUGUUGAGCCCAUGGCACCCCAAACCCCUGGGUACCGGGGGGCCCAGGCUACGCCCACCAGAGCGGUCACGGAGCAACAGGAGGAACUCACAGCUGACACUUGCUUGCCAGUUUUCCAGGUGAGAGCAAUGGUACCAUCUACUCCAUCUGGGCGACCCUACCCCCCAGAGGGGCCUCUCAUUAAGAUUGACAUCCCGAGAAAAAGAUACCCUGCAUGGGAUGCACAUUUUGUAGACAGGAGGUUAAGAAGAACUAUCAACAUCCUCCAGUAUGUCACCCCCACAGCUGUAGGUAUUAGGUAUAGAGAUGGACCUCUCUUAUAUGAGUUGCUACAAUAUGAGUCUUCACUUUAAGCUCCUUAAAACAAAAGUAAAAGAGGGGACCUUAUUUUUGUUUAUGGUAAACACAAAUCAUGAAACAAACACAAACCUUCAGAUAAGCUUUCUUUCUGGUUGCUGUAUGUAAAAAAAAAAAAAAAAGAAAAAGAUAUUCUCUAUGUUUUGUAAGUAAAAACAAAAAGAAAAACUUUUCUUUUGUUUUUUACACGCAAGAAACAGUAUUUCAACUUCCACACCUAGGAUUCACAGGUGGAGAAGGAGGCAUCUCCACAUCAGUUUUAUACCGUACACCAAGUGUAGAAUAUUAUUUAUGGGAUUGGUGCUGAUUGAAAAAUAAAAAACAAACAAACAAACCUACAACUGCCUUAUGCCCUUAGGUGCUGAGUUUCAUUAAGUACUGUCACCUUUCUCAUGCAAAACUCUUUGAUGAUUAUAUGCCAGGAAAAAAAAUGAAAAAAAAAAAAAAAAAAGGAAUCAAGUGAAAUACAAAACUUAAGAUUAAAAAAAGAAAAAAGUGAGCAACAACAACAAAAAGAGAGAACCAUUUGAAAAAUAUCUCGUUCAUUUUAUUGGAUUUAGCAGAAAAAAAAUUGUCUAAAGAAAGCAAAGCCAAGACAGCCCCAAUGGAGUUUGAUCUUCAAACAAUUGAAAGACAAAAUCAGGUCUGUAAAUAAUUUGGCAAUAUAUUUAUAACACUAUUUGGCCAAGCCUGGAAGCCUUGACCAAGUCAUGUUAUAAAAGUGAUCCCGCUAUAUCAGCAUUUUCCUCGUGUAAAUGGGCUGUGCAUAAUGGUCGAUUUGCACCAGAUUAACACAGUAAUACAGUAUCUGAUCUUGUUUCAAUCAGCUGCACACGCCAAAGCACCACUGACCUCAGUGGCGUAAAUGCCAACAGUCUGAGUCCAGAGUAAGGCCUGCCACAUUGAUUUCUGGAUUAAAAAAAAAUCUGCAAACAUUAAAAUUAUAUACCAAAAAUGCUAUACUAAAGUAGAUUUGCAUAUAUCUAAUAAAUAUUUCAGUAAUAAUAAAACUCAGCAUAGUAGCAAAAAGCAAGUCAAUUUAAAGGCACAAUACUUGAUCAGUGACUGGCAAAAUAAUUUGACCUACUGUAUCAUUUUAAGGCUGUGAAAGGCAUACAUGUAUUAUUUGUAAUCUCGUGUAAGACCUGUCAUGUCUCAUUCAGUGCAAGCCUUAAAGUGAUUGUAAAGCAUCCUUUUGUUUCAUUUUUGGGUUUUGGGUUUCGAUUUUUUUUUUUCUUUUUUUAAGGAAAACAAAAUACGAAAACCGGGUUAAAAAAAAAAAAGAAAAAAGAAAAAAACUUCUUCAAACGGUAAUAAUCUGUAACUGACUCACGUCUAGAGAUGAUUUGGUGCUUUGUAUUUUUGUUGAUGUUGUUGUUGUGAUUUAGCUGAGAAUUCUUCGACUCGGUACAUUGGGGGAACUGCUGAUAAAACUGUCUUGUGUCACCCUCUACUGUAAGUACAUGGCAAGAAACAACACCACAGGAAAUUCAAGAGCAUAGCGAGAGCAUCGUGGUUUUAGCUUAGCGUUCUCACCGCAAGGAGAUUCUGCCACCGCCGAAAAUGGCAAAGCGUAGACGGUUGUCUGCUAAGGGUUUCGUGGUUGUCUUGACAUUUCCAAAAAAAACCACACACACAAAAAAAAAAAAAAAAAAAAAAAAAAAUAUCCGCUGGGUGUCUGAACAUUCAUACCUCUUGAAUUCUGUUUCUGUGUAGAAAUCUCUGUUUCGAGUUAAAUCACAGGUCGCGUGUACCUAAUUGCGUUUUCCUUUUCGAGAGUAUUGCUCCUUUAAAGGAAUGUUCCCAUUUCAGGGCGUCUUUUCAAUCCCGCCGUCCCUCUGCUUGGGAGGGCGAUAACAACAACAACAAAAAAAAAGCUAUUUUUAAGUGAAUACUGUAGUAUUUUCUGUGUGUAAUUGCAAUUUUUUAUUCCAGAAAUACUGUAACUGUCUAGGGUGCAAAACUCCCAUGUUGACCUGUUCUGAAGACAAGAUCAACAUGGGGGAGACAUUUUUAAAUUAUGAUUAUGUUUUUUUUUAUUUGAGGAAUCAGUUGGGUUUUUUUUAAUUCUAAUAGUAUUUAAAGAAACUAGUACAAAUUUUAUAUAACAGUUUAAAGAAGCUGAAUGCUUUCUU